AUGAUCCCAGUGUUCAUUGUGCUGCUCUUCCUUGGUCUGAGUAUGGAACACAAGACUGAAGUACUGGCAGGUUCUCUCCCAAGGCCCAUCAUCUGGGCUGAGCCAGGCUCCUUGAUUGUUCUACAUAUGCCUGUGACCAUUUGGUGUCAGGGAUCCUGGAAGGCCCAAGAGUACCGUCUGCAUAAGGAGGGAAUCAUAGAUCCUUGGGACAGACAGUACCCUCUGGAAACCAAAAACAAGGCCAAGUUCUACAUCCAACGCAUGUCAGCCCUACAUGCUGGGAUAUAUAAGUGUUCCUAUAUGAUCCCUGGUGGAAGAUCAGAGCACAGUGACACCUUGCAGCUGGUGCUGAUAGGAGCCUAUGAGGAACCAAGCCUGUCAAUCUGGCCCCGCCCUGCUGUGUCCUCAGGAGAGUCCAUAACCAUGAACUGUAGCUCACCACUGAGAUUUGGCAUAUUCAUUCUGAUCCAGGAUGGAAAUAGCAAUCUCUCAUGGACACUGGAUUUAGAGCAGCAGGUCAAGAAACAAUUCCAAGCUCAUUUUGUUCUGGACUCUGUGACUACCAACCACAAUGGAACAUUCAGAUGCUAUGGCUAUUUUAGGAAUGAUCCUCAGGUGUGGUCAUCAUCAAGUGACCCUGUCAAUGUCCUGGUCUCAGAAUCCAAGAACCAGUCCGGAAUACACACUGAGAGUGGACUGGGAAGGUACCAGAAAGUUCUGAUUGGAGUCUUGGUGACACUUCUCCUCAUUUUCUUCCUCGUGCUUCUUCUCCUCCUCUUCUGUUAUCUGUGUAAAAGCAAGGAGAAGAAUACAGAUACUUCUGUGAAGGACACACACCCUGAGGAGAGUCUAGAGCUGGACAGUUGGAAUCCACCUGAUGAAGACCCCCAGAGAAUCGUGUAUGCCCAGGUGAAACCCUCCAGGAUUCAGAAGGAAACUACAUCCAAGGAACCCCAGGAGGUGACUUAUGCCCAGUUAUCCAGCAAGACACUGAAACAGGACAACAGCUGA